CGGAGGUUUCUUACUCUUCCAGUCUUAUUUUACUCUUAUUAUCAAUAUUUGUUUGCUUUAAAACCGAAUUAAGAUGAUGGGCUCUGAGAACCAGGGCUUCGAAGAAGCCCAUCUCUUUGCAUCUCGAGAAGAAAUGGAGAGUCUCAUCCUCGACGAGCCAUCGAACGGAAAAUCCUUCGCUGCCUACCACAGCGCCAUGUCUUCCUUAGCUGACACACACCAUCCUUUAUCGCCGCCCACAGUCGUAGUCACACCAGACGAUGAUCCCUUGCUCUCGCCUUCGCCGCGAUUUAGAGACAUUCGAAACCCUAAUCUAUCUGAUAAUUCGUACGUCGAACCCCCAUCUUACGCAGAUGUUAUCUUCAGUCCAUUGGGCGAUGAGGAAGGCGAUUCCAACGGCCUCGAAAGUUUUUCUCCGGACUCGGAUAAAUCAGGGAAUUUGUCGAGGUCUGCGUCGUCGAGUUCUGAGUACUUGAAAAUCUCGGUUUCGAAUCCUGUGAAAGAGCAGGAGACUUCCAAUUCGCUCGUUCCUGGUGGGAACAAUUAUGUGACGUAUCUGAUCACGACGAAAACCAACAUGCCUGGCUUCGGUGGAUCGGAAUUCAGUGUUCGUAGGCGAUUCAAAGAUGUGGUUACCUUGGCGGAUCGGUUGUCGGAGUCCUACAGAGGGUUCUUUAUUCCGCCACGGCCGGAUAAGAGCGUAGUGGAGAGUCAGGUCAUGCAAAAGCAGGAAUUUGUGGAACAGAGGCGUGUGGCUUUGGAGAAAUACCUGUGCAGAUUGGCAGCGCAUCCGGUGAUUAAGAAGAGCGAGGAGCUGAAGGUGUUCUUACAGGUCCGGGGGAAGCUUCCUUUGCCCACAACAACAGACGUGGCCUCGAGGAUGCUGGAUGGAGCGGUGAACCUUCCGAAGCAGUUGUUUGGAGAAACGAAUGUCGUUGCCCCGCAUGAGGUAGUCCAGCCUGCGAAAGGAGGGAGGGAUCUGCUCAGGAUCUUUAAGGAAUUGAAGCAAUCAGUCUCUAAUGAUUGGGGUGGCUCGAAACCAGCAGUGGUUGAGGAAGAUAAGGAGUUUUUAGAGAAGAAAGAGAAGCUGCAGGAUCUCGAGCAGCAACUCAGCAAUGCAUCACAGCAAGCUGAAACAAUUGUCAAAGCUCAGCAGGAUAUUGGGGAGACAAUGGGAGAAUUAGGUUUAGCUUUCAUUAAGCUAACUAAAUUUGAAACGGAGGAGGCCAUUUAUAAUUCUCAGAGAGUGAGAGCUGCUGAUAUGAAACGUGUGGCAACAGCUGCCGUCAAAGCUAGCAGAUUCUACCGGGAAUCAAAUGCUCAAACAGUCAAACAUCUGGAUACACUACAUGAAUAUCUUGGAUUAAUGUUGGCUGUCCACGGUGCGUUCUCAGAUCGCUCAAGUGCUUUGUUGACGGUACAGACUCUCCUAUCGGAACUUUCGUCCUUGCAUACAAAAGCUGAAAAACUUGAAGCUGCAUCCUCCAAAAUAUUUGGUGGCGACAAAUCUAGAAUUCGCAGAGUAGAAGAGUUGAAAGAAACCAUAAAAGCUACAGAGGAUGCUAAAUUUGUUGCUGUUAGAGAAUAUGAACGCAUCAAGGAAAACAACAGGAGUGAGCUUGAAAGGUUGGACCGAGAAAGACACAAUGACUUCUUGGCCAUGUUGAAAGGGUUUGUAGUUAAUCAGGUCGGUUAUGCAGAGAAGAUGGCAAAUGUGUGGGCAAAGGUUGCUGAAGAAACAAGUACGUAUGCCAAAGAGAGAAGUUGAAGUGUGACUGUAAAUUUAGUUUUGGGCUUCUUUUCCAUCUUUUUUCUUUCUUCCUUUUUUUUAUUUAAUUGCUCCUCCCCCUCCCCCACAAUCCAUGGGGGUAUUGCAAUUUAUGUACACUAGUAGGAAAUAGCAGCACGUUCAUAAUAACAAUGAGAGCACUUGGUAGAAUGUUUUGAAAUCCAUUGAUAGUUUUGGUUUUUUUUUCUGUUUGAAAAGAACAGGGUUAGUU